AUGGGUUACGAUCCUUACUGGCCAACAUGCUUGGCUUCCGUCAACGUCCUCUGUGUGCCAGCUGUUACCACUACGCCCUCGAGAUUUGAUGAAAUCUUCAGAGCCCUGAGCUCCGUCAAUCAUGUUGACUUGGAGGACCUAGCAGAUGGAGAGGACUUGGGCAACGACCUCAUCAACGCUUCCGAUUUUCGCAGAGGAGUGGCAUUCCUCGACUACUCAAAGGAAAGCGGCAGUGCGCGUGUAGAACGCUUUCCCAUGGAACCCAAUGCUGUGCCGCAGGUUGUCCUUGGCAUCUACGAUGCCACCCAUAGCAGCGACGCGGUAGCCACCGAUGACGAGACCAAAGGCGCCGAGGCUGAUGACUUGAUGAGCCUCAGCCAGCGCCUCGAAGCGACUUUCUCAAAAAGCCGAGGCGACCGGCUCUGCAUCUUGUUAGCGAUCGGACAAGAAACGACUAGUGCAGGUGCGGUAAUCGCCUCUCCCAGUCUUGACCAAGCACCGAUUUACAACGCUGUGAAGCUUGUCUAUAAGUCUCUGGUCACGCACCUGUGUGCCGUGACGGAGUCUCUUACCAACUUGGAGUUUUUGAAUCCGUCCCUGCCUGCACCCUCAAACUCGCAACCUGAGCAGCAUAUCAAUGGCAGCCCCAGCCCGCUCCAAGCGGACCAACAUCCACCUGAAAAUUCGUCACAGGAAGUGCGCAAAGGCCGAUAUACCUUCGUGAUUGGUCUGCUGAAUUUGUAUGCUGGCGCAUGGCCUGACGCGAUGCGGCGCCUAGCUGAGGGAGCGAUGCUGGGUCGCGAGAACGGCGACUCUCUUUGGCAGGCUCGGGCGCUUGAGUGUCUUCUAGUAUGCAUGCUGCUUCUCGCAUGGCGUGGAAUCGAUUUCGAUGUUCCCGAAGUUUGCGAGCAGGCUUACAAUGCCUCUCAGAUGAUGUCUAGAUCCUCAAUGUUUGCAAGACCAGCGAGCAUCGCACUCCCUUCGCAAGCUAAAUCCGAGGCUGAUUUAGCGCCCAUUCAGAAGUGGUCGAAGUACAGUCCGGUCGUCGCACAGGCAAUCCUGAGCGUCUACAGUAGCCUUGCUUCAACUAUGGGUCAACAACUACCCCCCACACUUGUCACCGAGUCCCGUAUAAGAGUUAUUAAUCUACUCAUCUUCUCCUCUAAUGAGGUGACAUCUUCGCAGCGUCAGGCCCUCGACCUCUUCAUUCUCCGCCGAGAGCACCCGGCUUCGUCUAUCAAAUCGAGCACGUACGCCUCAACAACUUCUAUCGGCGCAAACAUUCCCACCUUGUUGCUUGAAAGCCUGCCGUCCUCCAAUGAUGGACUGGCCGACCCAGACCACGUCGCAGCAACUAUAGCGAUCGUCAGCGCUCUUUCAUCAUUGGGCUCGCUACGUAGACAUGCCUUCACACUACGAAACUUGCUGCAGCGUCUUGCGCCCACCUUGAUGCGAGCAAGGAAAGUGGGUGCUUCAGAGGCAGGCGUCCACCCAGAGUCAGCCUUUGCUGUGACAAGCAACACCCGGCAGACGUCGCCAGGAGAACCUCGCACUGGUCUACGCCCUCUGCUUCAGGCCACAACAUCUGCGUACGGCAUCGCGGUACCGGAAUCUGUGUCAAGCCAGGCCGACGAGGUUCUGAGCAAAAGCCGAGUGACAGAGAAUCUCUCAUCAUGGUGCCAGCACCACUUUGACGGAGAUAUCCUCCUUAAAAUCGAUGUGCUGUUGCAAUGCAUCUCGGUCUGCGACGCCUUACCAGAUCCCUCUCAGGGUUUGUUGUUCACAUCCACAUUGCUUCGACUCUCAAUACAGAGCGUGACGAUUUCGACCGUGGCACCCAAUUCUCCCCCCCAUAUUCCCGCCAAGGAACAGAGUCGAUUGCUAGAAUUCAUCAAGCGGACCGCCGAUCCUGGACGAACGGAUGCCAAUAUGCUACGUGCCCCGUACUGGGAUGACUUCCUUGUACGCGAUGUUCAGGUGUUUCAGCCGCCUGGCGGAUCCACGCUGAACUCGCAUGCACCUAGCGAAUUGUCUUUGGCUGAUGAUCAGUCUAGCAGCAGCGUCAGAGAUCCCUUCAUCUUCAACCCCUUUGCGAGAAACACGACUAUACAGGCCGCGCCAGUCGUUGUAGCAGGCGAAAUAAUUGUAUUCACGGUGUUACUCCAGAAUCCCCUUGAGGCUGAAGUCGACAUCACCGAUAUUGCUCUAGCAGCAGAAGGAUGCGACUUUGAGCCAGGUCAUCAUAGCCUAGUGCUGGGCCCUUCCUGUGCCCAGCACUUCACAUUAACCGGCAAAGGACUGAAGAGCGGUUUCAUCAAGAUCAUCGGCUGCACUGCCACGGUGGCAGGCUGUCAUUCGCAGACGUUCCCAAUAUUCAAGUCGGAGUGGCGAACGCCGCUGAGGGUGAAGCAGACAGUCUCGAACAGCGGACGGCGAGAAAUACCUCGACUCUUCUCAGACACUGAGCUCAAUGCUCCCGAGGCACAUACACUUUCCCUUACUGUGAUUGAUCCUCAGCCACGACUCGAAGUGCUUUCUUCUAGCCUUACACAACCUUCACUGAUGCUGCUUGAGGGCGAGAGAAGGACAUUUGAGUUGAAGUUGAAGAAUGCUUCCGCAGAUGUGGCAUCAGACUUCCUACUACUAUCUUCUAACGACAGUGUAUCCAAGGGGUUACGAGAAACCUUGAAUCGGAAAGACCUACUACCAGUUGAUACAUAUGAGGUUCAACAUCAAUUAAAAUACCGACCAGUAGUGCAGGUCUCCGAUGCACAUCUUGCGGGUCAGCCAAGCACUGGUCCGCAGCAAGUUAAGUCCUUUGCGUUCAGCAUUUGGGGCAGACCUGGGCUUUCAGAUGCUUCGAUACACAUCGACUUCGCGCAUUUAGGCAGACCACACUCAGAGAUUCGCCAAACAUUCUACACCCGGCAAGCUCGCUUCCCUCUAUCUCUGACCGUCAACGGCAGUAUUGACAUUGUACGUUGCAAUGUGUUGUCGGUUCAGGGCAGCUCGCCUUCGACGACUCUUUUCCGUGACAAAAAUGACCUCCAUACAGAGUCUACGGGCACAUCCAACGGCGUCCAUGAUACGGUCCGGCGAUGUUCGAAUGGUGUUUGCAUGCUGACGCUCGACCUUCGCAACGUGUGGCCCGAACCGCUAGCAGUUGAGCUGAAGUCCAACCUGGCCAAUGCGCCCGUGACCGCCAACGGAACACGCACUGAAGACGAUGGUUCAUAUAUCGUCAGUGAGACCAUCCAGCCGGGCCACAUCAAUCGAGUUGUGCUGAUCGUGCCGCGACUCUUCAUCCGAAACCCAUUUGCACCCAUUCCCAAUUUGGAUACGAAACGCCAAUUCGUGGUCAGCGCGUCGAAAAUGAGCCUCGAAGCCGAAGCUGCUACUCGGGAGAAUUUUUGGUACAGAGAGGAAUUGCUGAAGCACUUGACGGGGACAUGGAAAGAGGUUAAAACAGGACGGAGCGGCGAAAUUGAUCUCAGGAAGGGCAUUCGUCUGAAUCUCAACGCUCGGAUGAUCGAUGUUCUGCGUGUUGAUCAUGUUGACCUGAGCUACUCGCUUGCUCCAAAGAGCUCAUCGGCCGAAACGUCUCCAGUGAAAGAGCUCGAAGACAGCCACUACACGCUGCGUACCGAGUCUUUCGCCAUCCUCCGUGUCCACGUCCGCAAUCGGUCGGAUGACAAGCUGGCGUUGCUGCUUCGCCUCCAGCCUUCCCUCCGAGACCAGCCACACAACGUAGCACUAGAUCUCUCUCGCCGUCUCGCGUGGUCCGGGGUUCUCCAACAAGUCUUGCAUCCACCUCUCGAGGCUGGAGAUGAACGCACGGUGGAGCUCGGGCUGGUCGCCUUUGCUGAAGGACUCUACGACAUCAAUGCCACAGUCGAAGAAGUCAAACCUCGCCGCAAGACCAUGGCAGAUCCCUCAGACGGCCUAGGCCUUGAUGGGCACCGCCGAUUGUGGCACGCUCGGUCUCCCUGUCAGAUCGACGCUGCUGAUGCACCAGCAUCCACCUAG